UUAUUUUAAUGUAAUGCUGCUAUCUUUUCAAGAAUGCAUUAGUUACUAUUCAUCGUCGAACGAGAGCUUAUGUCUGGAUUGCAUAAUUUGUGGAGGCUAACGUUAUCUGGAAUGAUGUUUUUUUUCUUCAAUUUUACAAACAUAUGAACUUUCGAACGAAACUCUCGUACAGUUCAUCAGUGAAAUAUAGAUAAUAAUGACCGAGGCGGUACCACAAAAAACUUGCCAAAAACUCUGGGGAGGUCGGUUUGCCGAAGAUGUUGACCCCGACUUUCAUAAUCUAAAUAAAUCAAUCGAUAUCGAUAAGAGAAUGUAUGCCGAGGACAUACAGGGAAGCAUAGCUUAUGCCCGUGCUCUCUGCAGAGCGAAACUCCUCUCUUUGGAAGAAACGCAAAAAAUAGACACAGCCUUUAAACAGGUGUUAGCCGAAUGGGACAAUGGCGAGUUUAUCAUAAAUCACGAAGAUGAAGACAUACACAGCGCUAAUGAACGAAGACUUUCGGAAUUAAUUGGUGAUGUAGCAAAAAAACUACAUACUGGAAGGAGUCGCAAUGAUCAGACUGUGACAGAUACCAAACUAUGGCUGCGAAAAUCCAUCGACAAGCUUUCGUUUAGAUUGAAAACAUUCAUCGAGGUCCUUGUAACUCGAGCUGAGCAAGACAUAGAUAUACUUAUGCCUGGAUAUACUCAUAUGCAACGAGCACAACCUGUCAGGUGGAGUCACUGGUUACUUAGUUACGCCUGGUAUGCUAAAGAAGAUUUAGAAAGACUACUGGAGGUGCGUAAACGAGUGAACAUUUUACCGCUUGGCAGCGGUGCGAUAGCGGGGAAUCCUUUUCCAAUCGAUCGUAGUUUUCUGGCCAUCGAACUUGGUUUCGACAAAAUAACUGAAAAUAGCAUGCAUACUGUUGGAGAUAGAGAUUUUGUCGCUGAAUUUUUAUUUUGGUCCUCGUUAUCGUCGGUGCAUCUGAGCCGUUUUUGCGAGGAUCUGAUCAUCUAUAAUACUCAAGAGUUUAAUUUCAUCCAAUUCGCCGAUAAAUAUUCCACUGGUAGUAGUCUGAUGCCCCAGAAGCAUAAUCCGGAUUGCAUGGAAUUAAUACGUGGAAAAACUGGCACUAUAUUAGGCAAAUGCGUUGGCUUUAUGACAACGCUGAAAGGAAUUCCAUCAACGUACAAUAAAGAUCUUCAGGAAGACAAAGAGACAAUAUUUCAUACAUAUGACAUCUUGUAUCAGAUGUACCAUAUCGCUGAGAAAGCUUUGGCCACUCUGAAAAUAAACAGAAAUAGUUGUAAGAAUGCCUUGACAUCUGAUAUGCUGGCAACCGACAUGGCAUAUUAUCUUGUUAGAAAAGGUAUACCAUUUAGACAAAGUCAUCAUCUGGUUGGGGAAGCUGUCGCUCUGGCUGAAUCAAAAGGAGUACCAUUGUCAGAAUUAACUGUACCACAACUAAAAACAAUAAGGUAUAAUCAAGUUUUUUUGGAAAUAAAAGUUUUACUUAGAAAGAACAUUUUAAUUUUGAAAUAUGGCUAUUUUAGCGAAGUAUUUGAAGAAAGUAUAUCGAGCAUUUGGGAUUUCAACCUUAGCGUGGAUCAAUACACAACUGUUGGUGGUACUAGUUUUAAAGCAGUGCAACAACAGAUUAAUAGUUUACGAUUUUGGUUGCGUAAACUUUCGUUUAAAAAAUAAUUAUGUGACAUAAUUUUCUUACCUCUCUU